AUUGGGCAAUCCAUACAACAGUAAUAUAAAAUCCAGUUCCGUUUCUUGAUUGGCCGCAAACACAGACCCCACCCAGCUGUCCAAACGGGAUUCCUUGUUCCCAUUUUAUUCAAAGAUCGAUUAUAUAGUAACAUCUGAUGGCCGCCGCGACUCGUCGGCUGGCCGUGCUGUUCGGAAUCCAGUUGUGUGCCCCCAACCGCUUCGUCUCCAGACCCAUCUCCGACCUCGCUAAUUCCAACGGCAAACGCCUCUUCCUCGUCGACACUUUGGCCCUUGUGAGAAGAUUAGAAGCGCAUGGCGUGCCGUCGAAGCAAGCCGAGGCCAUAACGGCUGCUUUGACGGAAGUUUUGAAUGACAGCUUGGAGAAUGUUUCUUAUUCCUUUGUUUCCAAAGCUGAAAUGCAGAAAAGUGAGAUGACACAGGAAUCCAAUUUGUCGAAAUUCAAAACUGAAGUUAAAAGUUCUCAGGGGCACCAUUUUUCUUUACUGCAACAUGAGACAGAAAAACUCAAGAGUGACAUAGAGAAGAUGCGUAGUGAGCUAAGGUAUGAAAUCGACAAAGUCACAGCAGGGCAGCGUCUGGAUCUUAAUCUUGAAAAGGGGAGAAUUAGGGAUGAGCUUAACAAUCAAAAUCAAGAAACAACUAACCUCACUAACAAACUUGAUCGAGAAAUUCAUGAAUUGCGGGCACAACUGGAAGCAGCAAAAUACGAUGUUAUUAAGUAUUGCAUAGGUACGCUUGCCUCCGUUUCUGCUGUUGGUCUGGCGGCAAUCCGCAUUCUGAUGUAAGCUGCACUCCAGAUUUAGUUAUUGUUUUUCCAGAAGAAAGGAUUUUAGACUGAUUUUUGUGUCUAAAAUCCUUGACAUCUGAUCAGAGGAAACACAGAAACUAACAUUAGCAACAGUACAACCAAGUCAUGUAAUUCAUUGAUCCCAACCUUACCUUGCAUCAAGCAUAUAACAACUGAAUUUCCAUCUUC